UUGUUGUGGGGACGUUACUGGGCUACGCUUUUGAGGCCGGCUUCAGCAGUAACUAGGCCUCAGUGAAGUACCUGAUCGAGUGGGCCAUGCUGCUCAUGCUCUACCACAACCCUUCACACAUGGACCAGUUCUGGGCCUGCUUUAGUGGUGUCCCUGGAGGUGAUCCUGCAGUGGUGUUUCAGCCAUAACUUCACUGUGCGCCUGUAUGCAUUUCUGGCCUUGUAGAAGAACCGUGGCUGGUGGCCAAGGAUCGAGGAAUAUUUCUUCUUCAGAAUAUUCCCACCCACAUAGAAAUUAUAGUGUGGAGGUCUUUUGUUGUUUCAAAGGUGUCUUCCCUCUGAGGACACGUCAUACUACUGUGACAUACCAAUGACAGGUGAAGAAAUGUCAGAAUGAUGUUAGGCAACCAGAAUUGAUUGGUAAAUCCUAACUAAUCCCAUAAUGUCAGCAUGUUGUUUCAGUGAAGCCCUUGGUAUUAAUGUAGCACUUGGUAUUAACCAAAACAAACAUUCCAGGUCAGUGAAUACCUUAUGUGUUGUAUGUGCACUGUGUUUAUGUUGGUGUUGCACUAGAAAAAAUGAUACUCCCAAGUGGAACACCAGAGAGUUUACACUAUUGUGCAUUAUGCUACUGUCACAUUAUGCUACCGGCAUUGUGUCCCGGAACAAGACUUUUAAGCCCGAGUUUACUUCAAGUCAUUCUGGAUAAACUAGAUGACAAAUAGAGUAAACAAUGUGACAAUUAACAUUGUGGCCGUCUGCCUGGGUGAGCUGGAGUAGGAGGAGCGCUGGGCAGAGGUGCAGAAGAAGAUCACCGCCUGGAGGCUGAGCUUCCAGGACCAGGAGCCACAGCUGGCAGCCCAGCAGAGGGCGCUGCGCCUGGGCAAACUCACCAGCGCCCUCCUGGUGGUCGCCUCGCUCAUCGACAAGCCCACCAACCUUGGAGGGAGGGCCCAUUAUAAAAGCCAAUAUUGACUCCUGACAAUGGCCUCCCCAAAAGUGAAUGGAUGAAAAUGAGUAAUUCUCCGAGUCGCAAAUGCACAAGAGGACCGCGUGCGCAGUGUAUUAUCACGACUCUCAGAGUGGUGCUUGUGUGUGGUGCUGCGUCAUUGUCACUGAUAAUGAUUGGCCGGGCUGUGUCGCACCUGCGAGAUCUUCGAGACCAAUGCUCUGGUGCUGAGCAGCCUCCUCCAUGUCAGCGACGAGCAGUUCCAGGCACUGAGCGUCUCCUCAGAGCUGUGGCUCCUGCUGAUGGAAUUAAGACACAGACAGAUACACAGACAGACAGACAGACAGGCAGACACAGAUACACACACAGACACUGACACACACAGACAGACACUGACACAGACAUUGACACACAGACAGACAGGCAGAGAGACCAGAACAAAGAGACCCUUUUUAGAGCUAUAUCAGACUCCCAUAGAUACAGAGACAGAUAGACACAGACACACAGACAGAAAGGCCAGUAGAUAGACAGAGGCACUUUUUGCAGUAAUUUCUGGAUGGUAAGAACUGUAGUUAUAUAGUUUUGCCUUAUUUAUUGUCUGGAUUGUACAUCCACAAACAGACACAGACACUGCACUCCCACCCCAAGUUUCUACUUGGAUUCAGAUACUGACCCUCGUUUGAACCCUCUGGUUACAACAUUUUUAUUUCCUUCUUUAUAGCUUGGUUGUGCAAUAUAAUCAGUCUCAUAGCCCCACUCUAUAAUUUAUCCAUAAUAAUAUUUCUAUAUAAUAUAUUCACAUAAUACAGUUAGAUAGACAGGCCUCUCACAUUUCCCCACUGACUGAAACUAGUUUUAUUGCUCUCUUUAUAGUCUGCAUUGUAGAGUGUAGCACAAAAGGCUACACACAUUUACCCACGUUAGGGUUAUACUUCAUGCACUCAGUCUCUGCAGUACAUCUUUUUCAAUGGUAAAAGGUUGCCAUGCACCAUGUGAAUGCCAUAUGUAUUGACAAACUGCUGAAUGGCUGGUCAGUGGCGGAUGUGUUUGCAUUCAAGGCUUCCCUGACACCCCCAGCAUGCAAUGCAACCCUCACUCCGCUCUUCAGAUGCUCUUCAGCCGGCCAACUUAUCGGUCUUCUCGUAGGGGAAGAAGGCGGAGGGCAUUGUUGCAGUGGACCAGACGGCCAACAGCCAGAGCCUGCAGGACUACAGGUUCCCCCGAGAAGAGUCAGUCAGUCACGUCAUGUCAUGAGACACUCGGGAUGGCAGCAGUGGCAGCCCCAGAUUAUCCCAGGUAACAUACUUGUGAUAUUGAUAGUUGCUGCCACGAAGACGUUCCACUCUGUGACAUCAAUUCUCAUAAUUAAUUUGGCCAUCAGUGACUUCCUGGUGGGCAUCGGUGUGAUGCCUUUUGUUGCUGUCUCCAUCAUGAACAAUGGCUGGGUGGAUUGCAAUGACCUGUGUCUGUAUGUGGGCUACACCUCAUCUGUGUACUGCACGGCCUCUGUUCUGACCCUGGCUGCCAUCGCUCUGGACCGUUACUACUCCAUAGUGGACUGCCUGCGCUACAGCUCACGCUGCACAGUCUGGAGGACCGGGGCAGCAGUCCUCUGGAUCUGGGUCCAGGCAGCCAUCACCAGCUGUCCCCCUCUGCUGGGGUGGGGCAUGGUGGACUAUGUGGCCCCCAUGUUCAGCUGUGCGGUGAAGUGGUCUAGCAGCACCACCUACACCGUCUUCAUGGCCACCGCCUCGUUCCUGCUGCCCGCCACCGUCAUCCUCUUCUGCUACGUGAAGAUUGUGCGCGUGGCCCGCAAUCACGCCCGGAGGAUCCAUAGCCUGGAGGACCAGCUCAACCGCAACAGGAGGUGCCCUGUUGCGCCCCCGCCCAGCACCAGUGCCACCGAGGGCCAGGACUCCCACGCUCCCACCAGCCUGGUGUACUACCUAAGUGGGGGGUUCUUGACCGAGAGCUCAAUGGAUGGAGGUGGGUCUGUGUCUUCUCUCCCUGAUUCCCAAGCCACGCACUCCUGCAGUGAGUCCCGCACCCAGCCCUCAAGCGCCAGCAACAGCACCAGCUCUGGCUCCAGACGACUACACACCUUCAUCGCCCAGCUCCAAAGCAGCGGCACUCAGCCCCACAACCCCACCCACCCUUCCCAGAGCCAAUCGCACGGCGUCGUGCGCCUCUUCAUGGUCAUAGCCGCCUUCUUUCUGUGCUGGACGCCUUACAUGGGCGUGGCCAUGGUGCAGGCCACCGAGAAGGUCCUAUCGCGGCCCUCCAGCCUGGUCCCGCAGUCCGCCAUCACCUUCUCCUAUUGGCUGGUGCUGCUCAACUCCGACAUCAACCCGUUGCUCUACGCCCUGCUCAGCAAGCGCUUCCAGGGGGCGCUAAAGAGCCUGCAGCAGAAGAUCCAGGCCAGGCUGGGGGGGCUGGUGGGGAGAGAUCAGGAGAGAGCAGAGGGGGAAGCCAGAAGGGACGGCAGUCCCUGUUUCGAGGCUGCACCCAGCCACCAUCUGCCACAAGGGGGCGACUGUGCCACCCCGGAGGGGACCACCACGUACACUUCUGUCUUCACCCUCAGCUCUUCUCAAGACAGUUGCAGGGAGUGCGCCAGUGAUGCACCAGUCUGUGAGGAUGAAGGCCCCAGGAGGUUGAGCUGUUUGCGGGUCCCCUCCCAGCAACAUGUGGGCGACAGACUCCCCUGUUCAGCUGCCACUCAGGAGAGACAGGCCACCUUCUUCUAUGGCCAGAUCACAGUAAGGGUGGAGCACGACAUUUGCUGACAACAAACACAUCUCUUUUUUCCACAUACAUCUGUCCUUGAUUCCUCUAUCCACACAGCAUUCCUUCCUCGUGUCCUUCACAUUUUAAUUAGAGGACAUCAGCUUGGAGUUAGGACAUCCGAAAGGAAGGAAGGGAGGGAGACAAUGUGAUCAGGGAAAACCCCAUCACAUGGUGAAAUUUCACCAACGUAUGAUUCUGAUACCAUCCUAGCAACAUCCAGGAUUUUGCAAGGAUGGUUUCCAGGAUGUUGCUAAGAUGGAAUCAGAAUCUUGAGUUGGUGAAAUUUCACCAGAGGGUUGAAACAGAGCAGAAAUUUCCCAGAACCCUUUACAAUUAAGAGAAUUGAGAAGAACUCAAUCAGAUAGUCCAUGUUACAAGUUCAGUAUGUGGAGUCAUGCACUCCCAAGCUAAUAAGUAUUCAAAGGUCAGGUUUUUGCAGAGAACUUAUUUUCUGUCACAAUGAGCUUAAUCACAAUGCAAGUAAGCGGAUUACAAUUUCACUUCCUCCUAAUUUCAUUUGUACUAUCCAAGCGUACCGCACAGAAUGUUGAAGUGGGGUUGCCAAGGGUUCACACCCUCACAAGCAGGCAAUUUCAGACUUGCAGUGUCACGCUGCUUUCCUUUCCAGCCAUGCAAAGAUAUCUCAAGCUUAACUAAAGAUCUCAAUAUUUCAGCCACUCAGUCAGCGGCAUAAAUAAAAAUGAUACAUUAAGUAAAUAACCCCCCCCCCCCCCCCCCCACACACACACACACACACACCACCUUUAAUGUAAUAUAAUUUCAAUGAUAUGUAUAGCGAUCUAGGAUUUAGAAAAAAGGCUGUAUAGGUUUAGCCUGGGUUUUCCCAUGCUGCCUUGCGCACAAUUUUAUUCACGCUGCUAGGCAGCCUGGAUUCCAUGGACUUA